CGGUACACACGUAAGCGCGCGCACAGUCGCAACCAAGCCACGUGACGUGCUUGUCUUUCCGGCAAAACUUAGCGGUGUGAUGACGUAACAGGUCCGUGCAGAAAUGCUUCCGGGGAGACUUCGUUACGUCCUGAGAGGAAGGCACAUAGGGCAGAUUGUAUUUUUGGUGACAACAGACAGACGAUUUUAACACUUUCCAAGAAGACUUUGGUCCUGGUCUGCUGCAUUGCCCAAUUAUAAAAAUGGAAAGUGCAGCCUCUGCAGUGCCCCCUUCCAGCGAGGAUCUUGUUGCAGACACAAAAGAAAAUGCUGAGCCAACAUUUUGUGGGACCUCUGUCUCAGGAAGCUCCCAAGUAACUUUACAUUCACAUUCCCCUACCCUUCAGCCAGAGGAGAUAGAGGAGCUGACUUUGCAUCAAAGUGGAGAGAAGCAAUUGGGAAACAGUGGACAAUUAAGGCAGGAGGAAGAGUUGCCAAAGGCACGACGGGGUGGCUGGAACAAGGGGCGGAAGCAGAAAAGAAGCCCCCGUGACAACAAUGCGCCUAAAGCACCUUUAACGGGAUAUGUGCGCUUUAUGAAUGAAAGGAGGGAGCAGUUCAGGACAGAGCGUCCAGAUGUUCCAUUCCCAGAGAUCACCAGUAUUGUAGGUAGUGAGUGGAGCAAACUACCUGCCCACGAGAAACAGCAUUACUCGGAUGAAGCAGAAAAAGACAAAGAGCGCUACACAAAGGAACUUCAGAAGUACCAGAACACCGAUGCCUUCCAAACAUAUAGCCGCAAGGCCAAGAGCCGUUAGAAGGGAAGGCAGCAAAGACAAGAGGGAGUUUGUGGAGUACCAAGCAACACAGAGAAAGAAUCCAUUCUGAAGGAAAAGCCAAUCUUUGACAUCCCUAUCUUUACAGAGGAAUUUCUGAAUCACAGUAAAGCACGGGAGGCAGAGUUAAGGCAGCUACGAAAGUCCAACAUGGAGUUUGAGGAACGCAAUGCAGCCCUACAGAAACAUGUGGAAAGCGUGCGUUCAGCUGUUCAAAGAAUGGAAGUUGAGCUCAGUCAAGAAAAGGAGAGAAACUCUCUAUUACAGCAGCAUUUACAGAGCGUCCGUCAGGCACUAACUCACUGUCUGGAGUCUGUGCCAGUUCCAGGUACCACAGAAACCCCAAUCAUGGAGACCAUUGACUUAUACAUGAGCCAUUUGCAGAAUGCUGUGCUUACACACCCUAAGGAGAGUGAGGCUAUUAUCUUGGGAGUCAGAGAAGUUCUAAGCCAACUGGAAGGGUGAAGAGAACAUAUUUCAUUCAUGUUAACAAACAAACUUUUUUUUAUUGCUUACCUGGUUCUCUUUGAUGCCAAAGACACUGCAGAAAAGAACAUUUCAGACUUCAUCUUUGCAAACUUCCCAAGCCUUGUACUGUUUGCAAAAAUGUUUGUCGUAAUUGUCAAUAAAAUUCCUUUUAACCCUUG